CGUCGAGAGGGACGGAUGUCGCGCGCUAAAUCGAAAAUCCCGAACGAACGCGUAACGUGUGUUUAAUUCCAAAAUAUAAAAAAAAAAUAUUGUGCUAUAUUAUCUGUGAGUGAUUGUGACUAGUGCUGUGCUGUGAAUAGUGAUUUCGGAAAUAAUUUAACAAUGUGGUAGCGGGGAUGCCCGGACAGUCGGACAACAUGUCUGUCGUGUUGUUGUUGCUGCUUGCGGCGACGUCAGCCGUCUUCGGUGAAAGAGAAAGAAGAGAUCCAGAGCACGCAUCUGCUAUAGUUGGCACUACUGCUAAAAUCCGUUGCGCCUUCGAAGGUGCUACCUGUAAGACGCUGCAUAGCAUCAAAUGGUACAAGUCUGACUCGAGAGUGUACGUGUACUCACCCGCGACGGACAAUGUCAUCGACCGGGCCGAGGGAGACAUGAUGGACAGAAUAAAAAUCUCCCACUCACCGAACGCGACAGCCGCCGAACUGAUCAUAGAAGACGUCCACCCUGAAGACGAGGGCGUCUACCGCUGUGAGAUCACGUAUAUGCACGUAGGUGACGACUGCAAUACUGUGCAGAUCACAGACUUCCACACAUACAUAAAACCAAAGUCGGUGAUCGUAACAGCGGGCGACCAAACUCUAGAAGACGGUGCAGUUCUUGGUCCUCUAUUGGAAAGGGCUAAGGUGGAUAUCAGCUGUACCGUAAUUGAAGGGAAACCACAACCUAAGGUCGUAUGGUACUUCAACGGCUCCCCACGACUUGAUGCUCAAACCACGACACCGAACUCAACGACAUUUCAGCAUGUUCUACCACUCACCGUAACUAGAGACGAGAUAGGAGGUGAACUGAUGUGUGAAGUGUCUUCAGCUGCUUUAGACGAACCAAUUGUUAAAAAGAUCUCGCUUGAUGUCAAAGUGCCACCGAACAAGAUCGUCAUAACGGGUCUGAAGGACCACGCGACCGCUGGCACAGUGUUAACACUGACUUGCACCGCGACCGGCGCGCGACCAGCUGCUGAGAUCGUCUGGUACAACGGCACCACCAAACUGACCCCCGCUGAGAAUAAUAUUGACCAGAAUCAAGUGAAAUCGCAAGACACAACGUACGAAACCAUAUCGAAGCUGGUCUUCGAGGGUACAAGAUAUGAGAACGGCAAGAAGUUCCAUUGUGAAGCAUCCAACCAGGUCACCAUCGAAACGAAGGACCAUCCCAUGCACGCUACAAGAGAACUGGAUAUUUGGUAUCCGCCAAUCAUACACGUUGAGCCGUCAAACGUGACGGUUGUGGAAGGCUCCAAGCUACUGCUUCAGUGUGAAUACGUCAGCAACCCGUCUUCACUAACCAAUGUUAUUUGGUACCGCAACGGCGAAGUUGUAAACGUAAACGACACCGGCCACUUCCAAGGCGGCACCACCAACCAGCAUUCCUUGAUCAUCCUUAACGUUACCGGGGAAGAUAUGGGGAACUACACCUGCUUGCUGGCGAAUUUCGUUGGAAACAGCACUAGCGAAACUAGCAUUGAUGUUAACGUCAUUUUCAAACCAACAGUCCGCUUAAGCAUGAGCUCGCCAAGCCCCGUGAUGGAAGAAGACCAUAAGAACGUGACCCUCACUUGUGAGGUCAUCACAGGAAACCCUUCCAUUUUGGACGAAGUGAUUUGGUAUCUCGAUGGGGAGGUCCUGAAACAUCUACCUGAGUGCAAUGGCACUGAUGGAGAAGAGAAUCUCUGCAAUGAAGUGGAUCCAUCGAUGCUGCUCCUCCAGGACACGACGAAGAGUUUUCACGGGAACUACUCCUGCAAAGGCAAGAACCAAGCAGGGUGGGGGGGCGAGAGCAACAAGACCGAACUGAUUGUUAACUAUCCUCCCGGACCUGCCAAGUUGACAUAUUCGCCGUGGAGAGUGGUAAAAGGCAAAAGUCUGGUGCUGAGCUGCAUUGUCAAGGAGAAAGGCAGACCUGAAGCACAUAGAUACCGCUGGCAGCGUGGCGGGCGCGCGGUGUCGGACAUCGUGUCGCAGCACUGGACCAUCGACCCGGUGACGCUCGACCACCGCACCAACUUCUCGUGCCGGGGCAGCGGCGCGGGCGGCGCGGGGGAGCCCGCCUUCGUAAACAUCGAUGUUUUGGCUCCGCCGAGUUUCAAAUACAACAUGAAUCAAUACAGUGGUGCUUUAUACAAGUCACAGAACAUAUCCCUGUCCUGCACGGUGGAGUGCGCGCCGCUGUGCACGGUAGAGUGGCUGAAGGACGGCCAAGUGAUAGACAAGAACAACGACCGUUACUACGUGGAAUCGAGGAAGAUCGAGCCACAAGUGAACAGGAAUGAUUUUGAGGCUACACAGUCCACUUUGCACUGGAAUAUGUCCGCGUGGCCGGGUCGCGUGCUGGACAGAACAGCUGACACAGCGUCGUACACGUGUCGGUCGUCACGCAACGACGCCGGACCGCCUGUCAAUAGCACUACACAGUUUGCUGUCGAGUACGAACCAGAGAACAUCACGGUCACCCCAAAGGUGGUGAAAGUUAUAGAAAAUGAAAUCCCAGCUAAAGUGAGCUGCUCAGCCAGGGGUUUCCCCAUGCCAAGUUAUUCAUGGCGACGCGAGUACCCUUCGAAAUCCAGCGCCAAAGAUCAAAGCAACUCCUCUCUCAUUCUCUCUUCGUCUAACACUCUUCUACUAGGACCAAUGCAGAGGAAAGAUGGCGGAAAUUACUUGUGUGAAGCUUACAAUAGACAUGGAUCAGUGAAUACUACUGUGUUUUUGGAUGUGUUGUUCGUACCCGAAUGCGGUAUCAAACAAAUUGAGCUGGAGGGUGAACAAGUGUUAGUUUGCACCGCUCACGCAAACCCAGAAGAUGUGUCGUUCUCCUGGAAACUGAAGAACGACAACGACAGCCUGACAGACGAGAAGAUCUGGCAGGUGGGACCGCAGAGCUAUCUCCGGCUGAGCACAAGUGUGGACGUGUACAGAACAUACCUGUGCUUCGCCAAUAACUCCGUUGGAACUUCAAGACAGUGUGAACGAGAUGUUAUGGCCAACUUGGAAAGUUAUAGUCGAGUGCCGUGGUGGCGUGAUCAACAGAAGCUUAUACUGAUUGGGGGCGUAGCCCUUGCUGUACUUGUGAUCACAGUCAUACUGUGUAUCAUCAUUGUUUGCGUCUGCCGGCGUAUGAGGGCCAAGUCCAAAUACAAUAACCCUGUGGAGCUCGAAGAAAGGGAGAACCCCGAUGGCAGCUGUCUAAACGAAGUGUCGAUAGCCCAAUCAAUAAUAUCUCAAGCUUUGCCCGUUUUGUCUCCACGGUUAAAUCUGUCUUUUAGUCCAAAAUCAUCAGACAGAACCCGUUUAGUGGACACUCAAAACUACCCGCAGUUAGAAAUGAACAAAUUUAGAGAAAACACAUCAAGCUUACAAGCAAAUCUAUCACAAUUAGAAGCUACCAUAAAUCAAACGCCUAAAAACGAAUCAGAAAAUCAAACAACAAAAACUGAACCGAAUUCCGAAAGCAGUAAGGGUCAAACUGUUACUACGCCUAGCAAAUGGCCUUUGAAACCUGGAGUUUUAGUGCACGUGAAUUCCAAUCAUACUUUGAGCCCCAAAAAUCAAGCACGGCUUCAAAAUGCCGCUCGUACUGCGCAAGAGACGGAGGAUGCAAACCUUGGCCUGUUAGAGAGGAACAAAAAUCCUGAAGAACCCAAGUCGCCGCCAAAAGUUGAAUAUUCCAAAAAGAAUGGUAAGCCACGAAGACAUACGCAAAAUGUUGUGACAGGGAUGUUUAAAGGACUAAGAAAGAAAAUUGACAAUAAUUCUGACGAUGAUAGUGGAAAAUACAAGAAAAUCAAUAAGUCGAACAAAAUGGCUAUAUCGUUGGUCAAUUUAAAUAAGUCGGGUUAUUGUCUGCCCAAAAAUAGGCUUAGAUCAUUUUUUCAAAGCGAAACACCAAACGUUAUAGUCACUGAAGGAGUGGUAUCAUUCAAAAGACCUGAUAGAAUCGCUACUAGUGCUACGGUUAAACCAUUUAGUGAUGAAACGCCAGCGAGAACAGCAAGAAAACGGAAGAAACCCGGUGAAAGCCCACCUACGAAUGGCGUAGAUAAUCCAGCAAACGGCAGCAUUGGAGCGGACAAUCCGGGUUUAUAUGAGAACCUGCCGUUCCACGGGCUACAGCAACCUCCCAAUAAGCCAGUGCAAGCCAUUCAACCCAGAGUGGUUGAAACGAACCAAAAGACAGUCAAAGGCAUUCAGCAAUUGCAAAAACAACUAACUACUAAUCCAUCAUUUACGCCCAGAGUGGUAUGCCCACCUUUCGUUGAUGCCUUAACGUAUCCUAUGGCACCAUCCACGUCUCAAUAUUCGUAUGGAAUACCAGUUUUAUCACCAAUACAACAAAUGUAUCCACUACAUCAAACAGUAUUAUUGAACCCCUAUUUGCCAACAAUGCAAUCGUCUUUCCUAAAACAAUUUCCAACAAUCGAUGAAGAAGCUCCAGAGGAAACAAGAAGAUUCUCCUCUUUGAAUACGAGAAAUGUUAAAAAAUUACCGCAAUUUCAAUCUAUGAGAAUAGUUAGAAAAAGAAAUAUAGAAAGAUUUUAUCCUAAUACUGAAUAUGGAGAAAAUUUUAACGAAAUCAAUAACAAUAAUAAAUCAAGUCAAGGAUCUGAUAGCGACAAAGAUUGCGCUCUUAACGAAAGUACUAUUUAUGCUAAUUAUCCAUCAUUAUUAAAAGUUAAAUCAAAAAUAAGUGGCGUAGAACAAUUUGAGAACUUGACUGACUCGAUCCAAGUAUGCGAAGAGAGUUUUGAUCAAAUAAAUGCAUCGAAUAUGUCUUUGAACAGACCAGUGCCGGCUCCAAGGACUAAAGUGACACCUAUAACAUCACCAACAAAGACUGAUCAUGUUUACAUGAAUUUAUCAAUGCCAAUGAUUAGUACGAAACUUACAAAAUCUUUAGAUACUAUUGAUGCAGCAAUGAGACCCUCAAAGUCAGCUGAAGAUGUAUCUAAAACUAUGAAAAAAGAUGAUAAUACUACAGGUAUACCAAAAAGAACAACUAAAACUGAUUUGGCUGACGAAGUAGAUGAGGAUGAAGAAAAUAAUAAAAAUAAUGAUGGAAUGGAUUUUAAGAAACCAAAUAUAAUUGGUGCUACGCCUAAAAGAAAUGCCUCAAUGUUACCAUCGUCAAGCUCUUUAGUCAAAUCCGUUGUGAAUCAAUUGAAUGAUCAAGCUGGCAUCAACAAAGUCGGGCUACCAAUAAAACAAGUGAUAACACCAAAUAAAACACUACAAAUACCAAAGUUGGCCGAAAAACCCAUACCAAAGAAAUGUAUUGUUAGACGUAGUAAUUCAGUACAGAGCAAUUUGACUGCCCAAACAGAAAACGGUCAGAAUACUAACAUACUCCAGCAACAGUACAUGCAAAAGCGUAAUCAUUUCACUAACCUAAGCUCAAAAGGGAAAAAUAAGAAAAACUUUCAAAUACCGCUGCAAAAACAUCACAGCUUUUGCUACUUUCAACCUAUAAGAGUUGAUAAAAGAAUCCCUGUAGAUCAAGAAACAGCGUAUAAUAACACUAUAGGCCCAUUAAUAUACCAACCGGGCGAAGUACAAUACUAUACAAAGACAUUGAAUAGAACACGCGAAAAAAAUAGCCAAAAGCUGAAUCGUUUGAAAAAAUCUGAGAGUUUAAGGGAAAAACUAUCUUGUGUUGGAGUAUACGAUAAUUAUGAAAAGCCAGAUUAUCCAGAGCCAGAAUAUAAUGAUUCGGAAAGAAGAUCAUACUUGCAUCUACUUAAAGGCAAUUACAUAUCAAAUUCAACAAGAAAUUUAGGUCCAGAACACGCUAAUACAAAUUUCAACACGCUUGGUGCAAAAGAAGAAAAGCCAAAAAAGAAACUAGUGUAUGCCGAUUUAGCUUUAGGAAAUCAUAAUUUGAAAUUUAAGAAUACAGUCAAUUCAAACAGACAUUUAUAUGAUACAUACACUAUAGGUAAUGAUAGUACUAACAAAGAAACUAACAGUAGUCAUAAGAAUAAUAUAUCUAGUAGUCAAAGAAAGGGUGGCCAUGGUCAACAAAGAAGUGACUAUGCCACACUUAAGUUUAAUGAAAUCGACGUUUGAAAGCCAUUCAAACCAGAUGAUCAGUUCAUUUAUGCUGAUGCUGAUAUGAAGGAUUACGGGCCAAUCAAUUAUAAGGCUGCAUCAAUAUACGCCCAAAUGAAGAAAAUAAAAGAACAACAGAAGUUACAGGAGAUAUACGAC